ACAGUUUACAAUAUAUUUGCUAUAUAUUCUAUAUUAUAUACCAAAUCUAAAUGGCCAAAAAUAUUUAGCUGGGUCUCAAAAGGAUAUAUCACAUAAGCAGCAUAUAUAUACUAUGCUUUUUCAUAUGUACAAAUGUCCCCUACGCGCAAGUCCGCCUUAAAUUAUUUUGCAUUAAUGCUCCUCCCAAUGACGUUGUGCUCCAGGCUCCUCCAACACACUUCAUUGCGCGUUAUUCGCACACUCAUUUCCACGCUGGCACCAAAGACUCAUCAAGCUUUUACAUCCACUCCUUCAACUUCAGGAGUCCUUCUGGAACAAAGUCUGUCUGAUCACACAAUGGCAGAAGAAAAUAUCUUCAUAGAAGAUGGAAAGGCUUCCAACGGGGAAGCGCACCUGGAUGACCCGACCCUUGCCAAUGGCUUGAGCGACCACAAGAAAAGUGAACCUGAGACUACAGCGCAGAGGUUGAAACGAAUCGCCAUGGCUAAUCUGCUGGUCAUCCUGACGGUGUCUGCUGUCAUCAUCGGCGUUUUCAUCGGGCUCGGCGUGCGGAGCGCUGGGCUCAGCCGGACGCAGAUCAUCUACUUCGGAUUCCCCGGCGAACUCCUGAUCCGCCUGCUCAAGAUGAUCAUCAUUCCUCUGGUGGUCUGCAGCCUAGUGUCAGGGGCGGCCAGCAUCGACCCGAAAGCCCUGGGCAAGUUAGGCGGCUGGGCGAUGCUCUUCUUCCUGGUGACCACUCUGAUCGCCUCCGCUAUCGGCGUGAUCAUGGCUUUCAUCAUUCAGCCCGGUUCAAGUGACGGGAACUCCAUAUCCCAACUCAACACACAGGACGACAGCAAUGUUCCCCAAGUUAAAGAAGUCAUGGAUUCGUUUUUAGACUUAAUAAGAAACAUCUUUCCCUCCAACCUGGUAGCUGCUGCCUUUCAGUCGUAUGCCACAGGUUACAAGUUUGUGAAAAAUGACACCAACUCGACCAACUUCUCUUUGGAAAAGGUUCCAAUUGGCUCAGAUGUGGAUGGCAUGAACAUCCUGGGACUUAUUGUGUUUGCCAUGGUAUUUGGAGUGGCUUUGAGGAAACUUGGAGAGGAAGGAGAGAUCCUUAUUAAGUUCUUCGGCUCUUUCAAUGAGGCCACCAUGGUGCUGGUGUCCUGGAUCAUGUGGUACGCACCACUGGGUAUCAUGUUCCUGGUUGCCAGUAAGAUUGUGGAAAUGGAGGAUGUGGGGUUGUUGUUUGCCAGCUUGGGGAAGUACAUUGCCUGCUGUGUGAUUGGCCAUGCCAUCCACGGCUUGCUGGUGCUGCCGCUCAUUUAUUUCAUUAUCACUCGGAAGAACCCCUACACGUUCCUGCUUGGAUUGGUCACAGCACUGGCUACCGCCUUCGGAACCUCCUCUAGCUCUGCCACGUUGCCCCUAAUGAUGAAGUGUGUGGAGGAGAACAACGGUGUGUCCAAACACAUCAGCCGCUUCAUCCUGCCCAUCGGAGCUACAGUCAACAUGGACGGAGCCGCCUGCUUCCAGUGUGUAGCUGCGGUCUUCAUCGCUCAACUCAACAAGAUCCCGCUGAACUUUGUCCAGGUCAUCACCAUUCUAGUGACAGCGACUGCGUCCAGUGUGGGAGCUGCUGGAAUCCCUGCUGGAGGCGUGCUGACACUGGCCAUAAUUUUGGAAGCAGUAGGACUUCCCACCAAUGACAUCUCCCUCAUCCUGGCGGUGGACUGGCUUGUUGACCGUACUUGUACCGUCAUCAACGUUGAAGGUGACGCCUAUGGAGCAGGUCUACUGCAAUACUUUGUGGAUCGCACAGCUAGCAAAAAUGAGGGGACGGAGCUCAAAAAGGUGCGGGUGGAGGAAGAAGACACCAUGUCAAAGCCAGAAAGUUCUCCGCUUAUCGAGAAACGGGACAAAGUUGAAUUGGAGGAGGUCGCUGGGCCUAAACCUAGUGAAAAGGAGUCCAUCAUGUAGACUUGCACAGUUUUUUAACAAACUUUCCUUCCCUACCUGCCAAACAUCCCGCAAUCAACCUCUACAUCUACACUGAGGCCAUGGGAGAGAUGCAGGUUUAGUUUAGGACAAGACUAAGAUUACAUCCUUCUGACCUUCCUCUACGCCCAACUCUUUAUGAAUGGAGUCUUCCAAAGCACAUGCACAGAGAUUUAGAUAGAGGAUCUUGGAAAAAUGCUUGAACAAUUAUUUAUUAGAUGCUGGUCAGAUAGUUUGGAAAUUGCAAUAUCUUUUAUUUUGUACUGUCGCUCCUUGGUUUUUAAGCUUUUUUAAUAUAUAUAUAUAUAUAUAUAUAUAUAUAUAUAUAUAUAUAUAUAUAUAUAUUAGGGCUGUCAACGAAUAUUCUAAAUUCGAAUAUAUAUUCGAAUAGUUU